AAAGUGGAUGAAGUGCACGAUAGCGCUUUUUGGAGACAGGCGUGGACAAACACAGUUUGUUAGCAUUAAAGCUACAGACACACAAAACAGUAAAUAGAGCUUACUACAGUAAAAGCAUGUUUAAACUGUCUAAAUUCUUGCUGAAAGGUUAGAGGUUAUAUUAACUCAUUGUAAGGUGAAAAUGACCAAGUACUACUUAGUAGUGGGCUUCCUUCUGUGGAGGGAGCAAGGAUUGAAGCACCAACUUUCCAGUUUCUGGACAAACUGCUCUAACUCCUGAGCCACGGCCGCACCAACCUAACACCUAAUACUGGUGUAAAAUAAUAAAGCUAUAUCAUAAGAGUAGUUGACAGAUCUUGAAAUACACCUAAAUCCAUCUUAAAUGCAAAAAAAGGGCUCGCCAAAUAUAAGACAAACAGACUAGAUAAUGGGAAAAAAUACUUCAAACUAUAGUGAAAUGAUCUGUCUUGCAGCUAGUUAAUUUUACUUGAUAGAAAAAAUCCUAAAUUUAGAUUUCUAUAUCUAGAACUAAACAGGACCUUUAAGCUGAAAAUACUUAUUUUCAGAAUAAAAUAGUUGAUACAACCAAUAAAAAGGGAAGUAUUAUUAAAAUAAGUGAAAAUGAAAUGACAUAUUAGUGCAAAAUGAAUAAGCUGUAUCCUGAAACUGGCUGAGCUUGAAAUAAACCCAAAUUAAUCUUACAAGUAGGCCAAAAAGUUUUAACAAAAAAGGUCUACUUGUUCCACGGAUAUAUAUCUUAACUCGUGCUAUUAAAAAUCACAACCAGAAUCAUCAAUAAUUAUUUUCUUUAGCCAGUAUACCAAGUUGCUCGAUUUGUCAUCAAAUAUUGUUUACAGUGUGCCAUUACCUUUCUGUUUAAUAAACUGAAUGUUGAAGCAUUGUUGUUUAGCAGUUCUUAAAUGAAGCAUCCUGUGGAUGUUGUGGAGUCUUUGAACGAGAUUUUAUUUGUUGGGAAAACCAAAAUAACUUAUUUUGAAAGUUAUUUGCUCAAUUUUAACAUUUCUGAAGUAAACUAGACAAAAAGUAAUCCCUCAUUCUAAAAUUAAGGUUAUACUGUAAAGUCAAUGAGUAAAUACCCCUUAAAACUAAGCUAAGAAAUGAGCUAACAUGUCUAGAAAUAUGAUUUUUAAUCAAUUAAUCAGUGGCAGAUCAUUUGCAGUGUAUUGAGCAGCACUUGUAUAUGUUGAGUUAAAUGAGCAGAUGUGUUGACAUGAUGACAUGUGAAUCUCCAGUGGCCUAUAGGUUGCAGUGAGAACCGAGGGUGUGUAGGUGCGUGUGUGUGUGCGUGUUCGGGAGGUUGGGGUGAGGGGGUGGUCACAUCUUCCCUCCUCUCCUCAUCCCUCGUUCCCCCCAAGGGAGCAUCAGUGGAGCAGGUGCUAGCCGCCCCAUCCAACCCACCCGUCUCUUAACCCCCCUCCUCGCCAAGCCUAGCUUCAUCCAAUCCCCCUCCUCCUCCUCCUCCUCACGCUGCUCUAUCUCUCUCUUGUCCUUCCCACAUCCUCGCAGCAGCAGUGUUCUUUUUGUCACUGCUGCUGUGAACAUGAAGAUCGGUUAAAGCUGAAGACUUCUUUUGUUUUGCCAUUUAAGUCGGCAUGAGCCAUGAGUCCACCAAGUCUCCAUCAUUAGGAAUGAUCUCCACGGCGACACGCACCACGGCCACUGUCAGUCCCCUCAGCCCACUGACCAAUGGGAGCGCGAUCACCCAGUCUGCAAACUCUGGAUUCGCUGCUGCCCUGCGCAAACUGGCCAAACAGGCAGAAGAUCCCAGAGGUUCCGCCCACAGCGGCGAUUCGUCCCCAGUGUCUUCGCCAGCCACCAGCCACAGCUCGCCGGUCACCACCCCUAAACGGGCUUCUCUUGGGCCCCUCCUAGCCCAGUCCAGGGGCCACGCUGCUGUCCUGAGCGUCCCCCCUGUGGUCACCAUUGCUCCCACCAAGACCAGCAACGGCCUGUGGAGGGCCGACGGACGACAGUCAGAGCCAACUGUCCAGAGGCUCAGCAGGGAGCGGGCUGUCGCCUCCACAGAGAGCGUUCAUCCACCGCAGGACAAGGGGACCCCACCCAUAGCCCCACCUCACCCACUGGCUCACCCAUUUGGACUCACCCCCAGCUCGGUCAUGCAAGACCCACGAAUGCAGAGCCUCAGUCUGCCUGGGCAGAUGCACCCUGCCGUUCCCUCAGGCGCCGUCCCGGAGGAGUACCUAAGAGCACUGCGGCCCUUUGCCACGACAGAUGACCUCAGGCUGACGUCUGUGCCGCUGAGUUUGGACCCUGCCAUUGCUGCUCACGCCGCUGCUGCCGCCGCUGCUUAUUAUCACCCGGCCUUCAUGCACCACCCUCUCACUUUACCCAGGAUGGAGGAAUCUUUGUGUAUGUCAGCAUUGCGGUCGCAGUUUUACUCUCUGCCUGCAGGGGGCGCCUUCCCUCCUCUCCAUCCCUCUGGCCUGCACUUAAACCUGCCUGGAGGUCGCUACCCUGGAGAGCUAAACCACAGUGUACUAGCAGAGAGGCUACAGAUGGAGAAUGAGCUUCGCCAGCGAGAGAGGGAGCAUGAGCGUGAACGGGAGAAGGAAAGGGAGCGCGAGGCUGAGCUGGAGCGAGAGAGGGAAAGGGAAGAGGAGAGGGAGAGAGAGCUGCUGGACAGACAGAAGGAGAGGCAACGAGAGCGACAGCAGCAGAUGGUCAGAGCGGCGGAGAGCCACGGCUACCUGGCUGAGGUGCAGCCUCGGAGGGCACCGCUGGAGGACAGGGCCAGGACAGGCGAGAGGCUGACCCCAAACAGACUCGAUAAACCCAAGGAGUCCGAGCCCCAAGGUUUCCCAGCACAUAAACCCAUCCCCUUGAACCUCCACUCCUCCCGGGGCUCUGUCCCGCACCCGGUUCCCAGCUUGGUGCCUUCUCACCUGGGGAAGCACCACGCUGCGCCGGGGAGUGGCAUCCAUGGAGCUCUGGCAUCCGCCAUGAUGACUCAGAGGGCCAACGAGGAGGCGUGGCUCACACGGCAGCGAGGACAUGAGAGGGAGGGGCCGACUGAGGGGAAGGAGCCUAGGAAAGACAGCUAUAGGACAGCCCAUCACCACGGGUGCAAAGAUGGACCACCUGCCCUCGGUGCUCCACCUCCUCUCAUUUCCCCUAAACCUCCUCCUCCUCCAACCACACUGUGGAACCCAGCCUCCCUUGUGGACUCCUCCACCGAUUCUCGUCGAAAACUCAACCCACCAAUUCGACCUCCCCCGGGUUUGACCAGGGCCGACCGACCCCACCUGAGCUGGGGGGAGAAUAUGAAUGACGGAUGCAGAAGGAGGACUGAGAUCCCAGAGAGAUGUGCCUCAGUGAGAGGAGGUAGUUUACAGGAGGUGAGCCUUUUGAACAAGGCCGAGCAGGAACUCCUUCUUCAGCGGCAUCACAUGAAUAACCUCCACCUGAGACUCUGCACACCUCUGUCUGACCCAGCGUCACGACACAUCGCCUCCGCGAAUCACAGAGAUGGCUUGCUGGUGUAUGAUGAAGUCCUCCAGCAACACCGCAGACUCCUCAGCAAGCUGGACAUGGAGGAGAAGAGGAGGAGGGAGGCCCGGGAAGGAGGCUAUUACUACGACUUGAACGAGUCAUAUGAUGAGAGUGAUGAGGAAGAAGUGAAGGCCCAUCUGAGGAGAGUGACAGAACAACCUCCACUUAAACUGGACACUUCCUCUGAGAAAGUGGAUUUCCUGCACACGUGCGGUCUCGUCCCGCUGGCCCGCCGCGACGAGAUCCUGCAGCGUAAGAAGAGAAAGAGGAGGAGGAUGCUGAGGGAGCGAAGCCCCUCCCCGCCGGUUGUGCAGGGAAAGAAGAAGGCCUCCCCAUUGACCACACCGUACACUGCCGAGCAGAUGGACGGCGCCCCCAAGCUGCCGGAGAAGAAGGACUUCCUCCGCAUGUUCAAGCUCUCCCAUGUCAGCCCCCAGCAGAGAAGAGACAAGCAGAAGACUGAAGAACUGCUGAAGGCAAUUCAGAAGAACGUUGUGACUUUGGACACGCUCAGAUAUAACUCUACAUCUCCAUGUAGCAGUCCUCCUGCCGCUGCCGGCAUCUCGUCAACUGGGGAGUCCUCAUCAGCCCCACCUCCCUCUUGCCAAUCAAAUGGACAUCUUUAUCUAAACUCACCCAGCCCAUCCCCUCCAUAUUUACACAAACAUAAGCAUACUCGCCACAAGCAGCCCACAGCAUCAGUACCUCCGCCAUUGGCCUCUCACCAUGAAAAGGGAGCAUUCACAGAAACCAACAAGAGGCUCCAGCUGGUCCACAACGGUCAUGCAGCAGUAGUUCCUCAGAAGAAAGAGCCCGUUCCUGGGCACAACGGUCGGAUCAGGCCCUGGGAGAGGUUAACACCCGAGGCCUUUGCUCAGCAUUUCCACCAGGCUGUGCUGCAGUCCACACACAACACGCAUCACAAAGGAAUCCCAAACUGGCUCCCUGAGGCAAGCGUGGAGGCGGGCGUGAAGGCUAAUGUCUCUCCGCUCAAAGCGCCGCAUGUUAACCAUACUCCUCCGCACGCACACGUCAACGGCCAUCACCUUCAUUUGCCUCGAGCCAGCCAGGAUGCUGUGGCUCCUCUGGAACAUGUAACUGAUGAUGAUGAUGAUGAGGUGGAGGAAGACAACUCAUCUGGGCAGGAGGAUGAUGAGGUGGAGGAGGCUCCAAGAAAAUGGAACGGCAUUGAAGCCAUUUUUGAGGCCUACCAGGAGUAUGUGGAUGAACGCAGCAUAGAGAGGCAGGUUCUUCACAGUCAGUGUAAAAGACUUGAAGCACAGAACUUCAACCUGACCAGAACUGCUGAACAACUUUCUAUCACCAUGGCGGAGCUGGUGAGUCAGAGGCAGCGGGUGAGGGAGGAGCGGGACAGGCUUCAGGCCCAGUUGGAGCACUUCAGGAGGUGUCUAACACUACCCAGCAUGCACUGGGGCAGGGGGCAGGUCAACGGGCACGCGCCCAGGUGACCUCAGAGACAACUCACACUGAACUGCAGGACCACUUUGCACUUACAGAAUCGGAAAGAAGUCACUUAGGGUCCAGGUUCCAAAUUGGACUCUCGUAUUGCCAUGGUAACCAUGAUCCAUACCACUUCCUCUUUUUUUAUUAAAUCUACUUUAGUAUUUCAAAGCUGUUAAGGUGAAACAGCACAACAACCCAUCAUUCAAUUAUACAUUCAAAAAAUACAGACAUGAGCAGGCUGUAUUGUCAAGUUAGGAAUCCAAGCACACUUCAGGCCUUAAUCAUGAUAGGAUGCACUUAAUCAUGGAACAUUUGUGAAAACGACCAUUUUCCCCCCUCAUAGAAUCCACUGAUUUCUGUCAUCCGAGCCACAAACAGCAAACAACGAUAAGUGUCAAUGGCAAAUGUUUUUUGGCAUUUUAAUAAUAGAUUUUACAUUGGUAAUUGUAAUAGAUGGAAGAAUUUUCUAUGUUUUGUUUAUUUUGCAAGAAGCCAUAGGCUGCAUUUGGAACUGCUGCUGGUCAGAAUUUUUUUUUUUAAAUACAAGAAAACAAAGAAAAUGAAGGAUGUUAUAUGAGCAUAAUGUAUUGGAAUUGUUAUUUAAACUGUUUAGAGGUGGAAAUGAGUUGACAUGACACUUGUUUGAUCGUUUAUAUGUACAGUGGAACCUCCAAAGUUGAAUACCAUCUGUUCCAUGCCGCUGAUUGACUUCCAAGUUGUUCUCAUUUCAAAAACGUUACCAUAGGACAUCAUGUAAACUGUCAUUAUAAAACGUGUUGUUUUAAGAAAUGUUUAAGUAACAUUUGAACAUUCCUAACUGUCAAGCAAGUAUGAAUACAAGUUAACCACAGUUUAAUAAACCUAAAAUAAGGUAAAACUGUUCACCCUUAAAGAUGCCUGACAGAUAAUGGAGAGGGAACAGGAACAUGGCUCAGGUGGUAGAGUGGUCGUCUCCCAGCCUGAAGGUUGCGGGUUCGAUCCUUUGUGUCGAAUUGUCCUUGGGCAAGAUACAGAACACUCCUGAUGCUGCGUCAUCAGUAGAUAAAUGUGCUCAAAUGUGUCAAACCUUGGAGGUGAAAAAGCCCUAUACAAGUGAAAGACCAUUUGCAACAGAGUAUCCUUCUGUGGCGGCAUCACAAAAUGCCAAAGAAAAAGCAACUUGUGGGGUUAAUUUGAUGAAAAACUGCCAAGUUUUAUUUGACUUUUGAAGCAUAUUAUACAGAAAAUCGUCUCUUUCCGCGAAUUCCACUUUGGCGGCACCACUGUACGACACCCAAUACCUUGACAUAAGCCUACAUAUGUGGAUAUAACUUGAAGAAACACCCGUACUCUUGUUAGAUCUUAUAUACAGUGUCUCCACCCCUUCAGCGAUUUCAGCCAAAUGAAGAGGAUUUACUGUGAAUUAAUAAGAAAACUAUUAUUCAGAUCAGGAUUGUGUUUUCAAUAUCUAAAAUGAUGAACAGACUCUCUCAAACAAGCCCAUCUUUGGUGCCAGAGGAAUGUCACAAAUGGAUCAUGUCAACAUGUUAAAAAAAUAUUUUUAAAAAAACAAAAAACAUUCCUUCCCAACAAGAGUGUGAAAUCCUGCAUAUUUGUUUUAAUCGUGUAUUAUUUUAUUUUGGAGAAACUGUAAAAUUGCAGUGAAUUAUUUAUUAACAUAUUGCUGUACAUUCAAAUAGAAAUUUGCAUUAAAAUG